CUUGGCUGUUUAUCUUUUUGUUUGAUUCUUUACCUUAUUUGAUAUCGUCCCUCACGUUAGGGAAGUAAAUAAUCAUCGUGACAGUGAGGCUUUGUUUCACUCCAACAUAUCACCUUUUAUAAUCAACCGUACCGAAGUGAAAUGGCCCCUGAAUAAGAGCGAUGGGACGAGUGAAGAGAAAAGAUAUGGAUUGAUAUUCUGCUUAAUCGCAUAUUAAUACCGUUUCCCCUCCUGCCCCGCCAACCCCCACCAAUACAUUAUUUGUACGUGAUUUCAGCAACUAUUACAUAAAUAAAUAUCAACUAGCAACUUCGAUCUAGGCAACUACAUAACAAACCCCUUUAAAAGCAGGAAGAAAGCUGCUGUUGUUGAUUUCUUGACUUCCUUAUCAUACUCCCAUCAACGUCAAAUACCUAGGCACCAAGCACCGCACGAACAGCCUACACAUCAACAAUGCCUCCCCCAACCCCCCUCACCAUUGCGACGCAAUCCGUCCAACGCCUCGUCAAGGAAGAAAAGUACUACCGGAAGGAACUCGAGCAGCAAAACGAGCGUGUCAAGAAGCUCGAGACAGACAUCAAGAACGAAGGUGAAGGCGCAGACGGCAAUGCCGGAUACGUGCUGAAGCAGGAGCAAAAAGCCAGAGAUGAGACCAAAGCCGUCUUCGCGCCCCUGAACGAGCGCAUCGCCGAAGCCGUCCAGCGCCUUGAGGAACAGAUCGCAACGGCCGAGAGCGAGGAGGGGUCUCCCGAGGAGCUCAAGAAGGCCAAGGAAGCCUUAGAGCUAGGGAAAUCUGUGGAAGAGCCGCCUGCCGCAUAAUGUACCAGGUACCCAGACAUGUGGAGGGGACUUACGGACUAGGGGUUUGGUGGUUCGUGUACGACUACGAAGAGGAACUUUAUGAAUUAAUAUAGUGAUACCACCUUUAUUACAAAAUGAAGAUUAAAGCAUCGACUUCAAGAUUACGAGAAGUUCACUCGAGUAGAAGGG